AGUCUUCUAACCUACCCCUUUAUUUCUUACAUCUUACUCACGAGUAAUGCGUAUAGUUAAACACGCGUAACGUACGCAGAACUUCGCAUAACUACCUGUUAACUACCUACUUAGUAAAAACGAAAAGUUCGUGUCGUACAACAUCCAAGCCGCCCGCAGUGCUUCUUAUACCGCGGGUCGGAUUGUAUCGUGACACUUUUGGUCCGAGGUGACCGAACUCAGGUUGCUCGAUAAGACUGCUGAGCUUCGCCCUCGGGCAAAGCAUCUCCUUACAUAUACUUGACUCGCUCGCAUACAACCAUACUCCACCUUGCAUCACAGCGGCACGGUUCCCACCCGCGAUUAUAGACCCAAGACACGUAAAUACGUACGUAAAUUAGCAGCUCCAACCGUCGUCACAAUGGCGCCGCAACCCCAAGGCCCCAUCACGACCCCCCUCACCACCCUCCUCGGGAUCCAACACCCCAUCAUCCUCGCAGGCAUGGCCCGCGUCUCAGGCGGCGCCCUCGCCGCCGCCGUCUCCAACGCCGGCGGCCUAGGCGUCAUCGGCGGGUUCCAAUACACGCCCUCGCAACUCCGCGCCAUCGUCGCCGAGCUCAAAGCCGCCCUGCGGUCCCCAGACCUGCCCUUCGGCGUGGACCUGGCGCUGCCGCAGAUCGGCGGGUCCGCGCGCAAGACUAACCACGACUACACGGGCGGCAAGCUCGACGAGCUCAUCGACAUCACCAUCGAGAGCGGCGCGAGGCUGUUCGUCAGCGCGGUGGGCGUCCCGCCCAAGUACGUGAUCGAUAAGCUGCAUGACGCGGGCAUACUGGUGAUGAAUAUGGUCGGACACCCGAAACACGCGGUCAAGGCCCUCGAUCUCGGCGUCGAUAUGGUGUGUCCGCAGGGCGGCGAGGGCGGCGGACACACGGGCGACAUAGCCAGCUCGGUGCUCGUCCCGGCCGUCGCCGACGUCGCAUCGCGGUACCACCCGCCGAUGCUGAACGGCAGCCCCGCCCUCGUCGUAGCCGCAGGCGGUAUCAACGACGGACGAUCGCUAGCCGCGAGCCUGAUGCAAGGCGCAGCGGGAGUCUGGGUGGGAACGCGCUUCGUCGCGAGCGUCGAAGCGGCCAGCAGCCAGGAGCACAAGCAGAGCGUCGUAACGUGCGGCUUCGAGGACACGCAGCGCACGCUGGUGCUCACGGGGCGGCCGCUGCGCAUGCGCACCAACGCGUAUAUCGCGCGGUGGCACGCGCAGCCGCAGAGGAUACGCGAGCUCUGCGACAGGGGCGUCGUGCCGAUCGAGCACGACCUCGAGAACGACGUCGAGGAUAUCGAUCCCCCGCACCUGAUGGGCCAGGUCGCGGGCGCUGUUACUAAGGUCCAGCCUGCCGCCGAGAUCGUCCGCGAGAUGGUGGAUGGUGCGGUGCGGAUGCUGAGGCUGGGGAGCGAGUACGUCGAUGCGAGUGCGAAGAGUAAGCUGUGAGGCUUAGACCCGAUGGAAGAAUGUGUGUGUGUAGGCACUCAAGUCCC